AUGGAUGGUCAAUUUCAACUUUUAUUUGACAAAGUGAAAAAUGAAAUGCAAAAACAAACCACGGAGCUACAAACUUCUAUAACUAACAAAAUAAUGGAGAGAAUGGAUGAAAAAUUACAACCUAUCAUAGCAGAAAAUAAAAUCCUAAAAAUAAAAUUAGAAAACGUCGAGAAAGACCUGGAAACCUUAAAAAGAGCUAAGAAACAAAAUAAUUUAAUAGUUUUUGGUAUAAAAGAGGACGAAAACUCUAACCUAGAACUACUACAAAAAGUGAAAAAAGUUCUUAAAACCGACUUAAGCAUAAAUAUUGAAGAUCACGAUGUGAAUAACAUCUAUCGCAUUGGAAAAGCAGGUGAUAAGUCAAGACCUACCUUGGUAUCUUUCGUGAAUGAAUGGAAAAAGAACGAAAUAAUGAAAAUGAAGAAAAAUCUUAAAGAUGUAUACAUUUCAGAAGAUUAUACUAAGGAAGUGCUGGAGAAAAGGAAAACACUGCAGCCACAACUUAUAGAGGAGAGAAAGAAAGGAAAUAUCGCAUACUUAAAAUUCGAUAAAAUAAUAAUAAAAGGAAAAAGCAAUACAAUCAAUGGAAAACGGAGAAGAGAAACAUCAACAUCACCAGAAAAUAAUAAUCAACCAAGGAAACAACAAACCUUCAUGCCAUCGAACGCCAACAGAUUAAAUGCUUUUGAUUUAAUGCGAACUAGAAGCAAUUCCCUCCCCUCAAACUCAUUAGAUAAUAAGCAAUAA